AGCUCGCCGGGGCGGGCCGCGCUGCCAGCCCGGCCCCGCUGCCAGCCCGGCCCCGCGGGCGCUGCGGCGGCGCGAUGGUGGAGGCCUGGUACAUGGACGAGUCCCAGGAGGACCAGCGAGCGCCGCAUCGGCAGCGGCCCAACCGCGCCGUCAGCCUGGAGCAGCUGCGCCGCCUCGGCGUGGUGUACCGCAGGUUGGAUGCUGAUAACUAUGAGACUGAUCCAUGCUUGAAAGAGAUUCGGAGAGCAGAAAAUUAUUCUUGGAUGGAUAUAGUGACCAUACAUAAAGACAAGCUUCCAAAUUAUGAGGAAAAGAUAAAAACAUUUUAUGAGGAACAUUUACACCUCGAUGAUGAAAUUCGCUACGUCUUGGAUGGAUCUGGCUAUUUUGAUGUUCGAGACAAGGAUGACAAAUGGAUUCGGAUUUCCAUGGAAAAAGGAGAUAUGAUAACCCUCCCUGCUGGCAUAUAUCACCGAUUUACACUGGAUGAGAAUAAUUACGUGAAGGCAAUGAGGCUGUUUGUUGGAGAACCCGUCUGGACUGCGUACAACAGGCCGGCUGAUGAUUUUCCUGCUCGGAAACAGUAUAUGAAGUUUUUAGCUGAAGAAACACAUAAUGGUGUCUGAGACCUGACAGGUGGAACAUCCUGAAGCCCCAUCAGAAUGAAUGUGCCUUGUUGCUUUUCACUGAUUAAACCUGUAUUUACAUGGGAAAUUGGAAUCACAGAAUCAUAGAAAAAUUUAGAUUGAAAGGUUAUUUGAGAUCAUUUAGUCUAACCCUGUGAAUUACUGUGCCAGUUUUAAAGCUAGACCAAGUUGUUCAAGACCCUGAAUUCUGGAGAUCUCUGGUGGUGGAGGUCCCACAGCCUCUCUGGGUACUGGUUCCAGCACUUAAUAUGCUCCCAUGGCCAAGCAUUUGUUCUUCAUGGCCAACUCCCUGGUUGCAGUUGCUGGUUAUCUGUUGCCCUUUCACUGCAUGUCUGAGGAGAGUCUGGGUCUGUCUUCUUCACAGUCCCUGCUCUAGUAGGAAGCUGUAGUUUGGUCUCUGAGCCUUCUCCUCUGCAGGCUGCACAAACCCUUGGCUGGGCUCCCAUCUGUUAAGUACGAGGUUCAACAUGUUUUUCCCUAGUUCUGGUGACUGAGGGAUGUCACUUGUAGCCACCUGAUAGUUAAGCUUGGACCACAGGCUGUUUUGAGCCCAAGAGACCUGAGGUUCUUCAUCCACCCAGUAGAUUGUAUCCUUAGUCAGGCUACAAGGCUGCUGUGGGACACACAGGUGAAAGCCUUGCUGGAGUCAAGGUGAAUGUCCCCUCUGCCACAGAGCCAUUGCCCCUGCCAGCUGCUGUCAAGCGGAAUGUGCCUUUGGUGAACUAGCAUUGACUGAUAGCUCCCCAUCACCUGGAAUUUCUUGUGCCUGGAACACCUUCCAUAAUGACUUACUCUGUAACAUUCCUGGGGACUGAAGCAGGGUUGAGCAGCCUGCAGUUCCCCAGAUCUUCUUUUGUGUCUUUUUGAAGGUGGCAGUAUUAUCUGCCUUUUUCCACUCAAAAAGGUUUUCCUGAUCUCUGUGACCUUUCAAAGAUGCCAGCAGCCUUGCAGUGACAUUAGCUAGUUGCAUUUACAGUUGCUCAGGAAUCCAUCUUCUAACCUUUAUUUCCUUGGUAUUUCUGGCAGGUAGAAUUGUGAGAGGUGGGCUACAUUAAUAUUAAUUUUGUUCAAAAUCCAUGCUAAUGAACUACGUAGGAUUCUGGUUUUAAUUAAAGAAAAUAAACCCUCCUUCAUUCUUGUCUAAAAAUGUUCAUAAGAUAAAUUUGCAUAAUCAGCAUUUUAGUAUGCAGCUCUGGUACAUAAAGCUGUGGUUUUCUCAGUAAAAUGUAGCAAUUUGUUCUUGGGAGUUAUUAAUAAAAUUAUUUUGACCUA